UCCGAAGGAACUCCUGAGCUGCUCCUUGCUACCAUUUGUCACAGUGAAGAGCAGCGAAGAUGGCGUCCCAAACCCCCGCCGUUGUCAUGGACAACGGCACGGGCUACUCGAAGCUUGGUUUUGCCGGCAAUGACUCUCCAUCCUUUGUCUUCCCUACCGCAAUAGCAACCAAAAGCCAGGGAGGCGGAGCGGGCGGUUCAGGCUCUGGGCGGCCAGCGGUCGCGAACAAACCAUCUUUCUUGACUGGCGGUGCUGGUCCUAGUGGUCAUCUUUCUGGCAAAAGGGGAACUGAGGAUUUGGACUUCUUCAUCGGCGACGAGGCGCUCUCUGCAUCAGCUGGCCCAGGAUAUGGAAUCCACUAUCCCAUCAGGCAUGGCCAGAUAGACAACUGGGACCUUAUGGAACGCUUCUGGUCAAACUCUAUAUUCAAGUAUCUAAGAGUCGAGCCAGAAGACCACUAUUUCCUACUCACUGAGCCUCCUCUCAAUCCCCCAGAGAACCGCGAGAAUACUGCCGAAAUCAUGUUCGAGUCCUUCAACUGCGCUGGCCUCUAUAUUGCGGUGCAAGCGGUGCUCGCCCUUGCCGCAUCGUGGACAAGCUCUAAAGUCCAAGACCGCUCCCUGACCGGCACAGUCAUUGAUUCCGGCGCAGGUGUUACGCACGUUAUCCCUGUCGCUGAGGGUUACGUCAUUGGUUCGUCCAUUAAAAGUGUUCCCAUCGCUGGCCGCGACAUAACCAACUUCGUACAAUCCCUACUCCGAGAUCGUGGCGAGCCCGAUUCCUCUCUCCAAACAGCCGAGCGCAUUAAGGAAGAGUACUGCUAUGUGUGUCCUGAUAUCGUGAAGGAGUUCUCGCGCUUCGAUCGUGAGCCCGAAGAUCGGUUCCGAAAACAUAUCGUUAAGCACCCAAACGGCAGAUCAGUGACGGUCGAUGUUGGCUACGAACGCUUCCUAGCACCUGAAAUAUUCUUCAACCCCGAAAUCUACUCCUCAGAUUUCCUUACCCCGCUGCCCAAUAUCGUCGACACAGUGAUUCAGAGCUCCCCCAUCGAUGUUCGUAGGGGUCUUUACAAGAACAUCGUCCUCUCGGGUGGUUCGACACUCUACAAAGACUUCGGUCGACGUUUACAGCGUGACAUCCGCCAUAUGGUCGACGCGAGGAUCAAGGCUUCAGAAGCAAGGAGUGGAGGUGCAAAGAGUGGUGGCCUUGAGGUCCAAGUGAUCACACACAAGAGGCAGAGGCAUGGACCCUGGUUCGGAGGUAGCUUGCUAGGCCAGACGCCUGAGUUUAGGAGUUACUGUCACACGAAGGCGGAGUACGAUGAGAUCGGACCGAGCAUUGUUCGGAGGUUUGCAUUACUUGGUGGGCCAGGGAGCACGUAGAGGAAGUGAAGUCAUGAGGUCUGAUGAAGAGCCUAGAAGGACUCUUGAGCGUGUAUGGGAAGGGUGAAAAGAGCAGUUCCUGAGAGAAGAAUCAUAUUCCGACAUUGAAAAGCCUCUGAUCUUGGUGCAAAGUGCGUUAUCAAUGCAAGAGAAUAUGACUGUAUGUGAAACGGAGGCUGAUUGUUCUACACCGAUAUGAAUACUUGAGCAUCGGAAAAGGGCAAAAUUUAUGUAUAGAUACAACCCUG